AUGUCGGACCUCAUAGUUCUUACAUGUGCAUCCGGCAAGCAGUGCAGCCACAUGAUCCCGCUCUUGUACAAGGAAGAGACGCCGCUUUCCAGACUCCGCCUAGUCGUAAACUCGAAGGCAUCCCUCGAUCGGCUCACCCAGCGGUAUCCCAAAGCCGAGGUCGUUCAAGCAGACUUCCAAAACCCGCAAGACUGCCGCAAGAUCCUAGAUGGAGCGACAACGAUCUACUACCUGAGCCCCACAUUCACGCCGCACGAAGCGCACAUGGGGAUGAACGUGAUCGACGCCGCAGUGGCGGAGUCGAAGAAGAAGAUACCGCCCUCCAAGUUCCAGCACUUUGUCUUCUCGUCGGUGCUACACCCAGAAAUCACAAAGAUGCUAAACCACGACAGAAAGAGACUCGUCGAGGAGUACCUCGUCGAGUCGCCGCUAACCUACACCAUCCUCCAGCCCAGCCAUUUCACGGACAACUCGAUUGGCCCACUGCUUGCGCAAAGGGACGCGGACGCGCCCGUGUAUAUGGCGCCCUACGAUCCCACGGUCAAGUUCUCCUUCACCACGCUGCGCGACCACGCCGAGGCUUCGGUGAAGGUCAUCCAAGAACGCCACAGGCACUUCUUCGCCACGUACCAGAUCCUCAGCACCUGGCCGAUGGAUUACUACGAGUACAUCAGGUCGGUGGGGGACGUUCUGGGGCGGACCUUCGAGGUGCGGCAGAUGUCGUACGAGCAGGCCGUAGAGACCUUCUGUAAGCGCUUGUUUCCGGGCGUGGAGAGUCUCGCGGAUGUAGACCUUCGAAAUCGAGAGGGGCCCGAGCGCAUGCUAUUGUACUACAACACGCGAGGCGUCCUUGGGAACCCUAGAGUCCUAGAGUGGUUAAUUGGGAGGAAGGCAACAACUCCGGCCGAGUUAGCGAAGUUGUUGUUGUCACCAGCAGCGGAGGAAGACAACUAG